CCUCAUUAGCACAAUUAGUGUAAUAUUUUGUUAGUGCUCGUAUUUAGUCUCGGUAAAUCGAUAUCAGUCAUUUAUUUUGGUUCGACUCGCUGAUCUCAGUGGUUCAACCUUCAACUUUUGACCGGAGUUUCCCUUUAAAGAUGGCGUCCUCCACGUUUUGUGGGUGACUUCGCCUUCUCGCCUUCCUUUGGCCUCGUGACACUCUGAGCGGCUUUCAAUCUACCACUCAAACCAAUCGAUGGAUUUGCAUAGAAAAUAGUCUGCCAACGUCUCGUCUUUAGAGUGCCUUUGCGAAUUGGGACAUUAUGCCUUUCGAACUGUCUUUCGUGCCUGAUCGAAGUGGUGCAGUGGUGGCCCGGUGAAUCAGCUGAAGCUAGCCCCUACCCACAAGCAUCACGAGCUCCAAUUCGAGUGACUUGCUACCGGCUAUCCUUUACCAUGGGAGUGCAAGGACUCUGGCAGAUACUGGAGCCCGCUGGCAAGCCCGUAGCCCUGGAAACUCUUGAGAGUAAAGUCCUCGCCGUUGAUAUAAGCAUGUGGAUGCACCAGGCACUGAAGGGCAUGCGGGACUCUGAAGGGGGUCCCGCGGCCAAUGCACACCUGGUGGCCCUCUUCCACCGUGCCUGCAAACUGCUCUUCUACGGCGUCAAGCCUGUGUUUGUCUUUGAUGGUGGGGUGCCCCAACUCAAGAAGCAGACGUUGGCUGCGAGGCACCAGAGACGCGCAGCCAUGCUGGCCGAUGCGCAACGCAAGGCACGCCUGCGCCUGCUCACCUCUCGCCGAAACGCCCAUCCGUCGGUUCGGAACCCGCAAGUGGAGGCCGACAUCUACGCCCUCCCUCCCUUGCCCCCUCACUGGUCCAAGAUCUAUGGCGAGCAGGAAGAUGAAGAGUUGAGCUGGUCAAGGCCGGGCAUCGGCCUGAGCACCCGGGAGCUGUCGCUGAUGGACUUCGACUCGGAAGAGUUUGAAGAGCUCCCUGCUGAGCUGAGGCACGAGGCUCUCAGGGCAAUGCAGCACCAGCAGCGGUGGGGCCGCAAGAAGCAGUUGCCCAAGGACUCCGAGGCUUUCUCCAACUACCAGUUGACCCAGCUGAUGCGCAAGCGCAGAUUGGAGAGCAAGGCCAACGAGGCCCGCAGGGAGAUGCUCCGUCCAGAGGGACUCCCACUUGCAGAGGUCUACUCCGUGGCUUCUGAGAAGGGGCUACGGUCCCUCUUGCACCCACUGGAGCAGGGAAUGCCCCAGCAGAGGACCACGUCUGUUCCUCUUGCUUCAAAUGACGGAGGAGUCGCGGAGCCAAGUCCGACCACAAGGGAGCAGCCCAAACCGGAAGAGGACAUGAAAGUUCCACAGCCUAACACGUCUGCAUCCAGCGACAACGCCGCUGUCUUGCAAUGGCUCCAAGAGCAAACUCAGAAGGGUUCACCAGACAAACGUCAGGAUCACACUUCAUCCGAGAGCACUCUAGCGGCAACCGAAGUUUUGCAACACGACAGUAGCAAACAGCUGACGCAGCCUCCGCAGAGGCUCCAAGUCACGCCGCCACAUCAACUCUCUGUGGAGAAAUCCCAGGAAGUAGACGCUGCCUCGGAAGCCUCUCUCGAGGACGACAUGAUCGCCGCAGCUGUAACCGAAUCUCUGCUUGAGAAUGCUCGAGUUUGCAAGGAUGUGGUGCCGGAGAGGACAGAAAGCGGUGUAGAUGACAGUGCAGAGACAUCAGACCACGGGGUCCACGCGUCACCAAAGACUGAUGUAUUGGACACCGAAGUAUGUGACAAGACUCCACCUGUAGACUCUAGGGAGGUGUCUGAUGGUGAAGAGGAAAAUGUGUGCUACUCGUCAGAUUCCAACCCCCCCUCUGAGGCAGAGGAGAGUGCUCAGCAGGCUGAAGAGGUGACAGAACAUGAGCCUGUCCAAGAGAGACCAGAUGUGGCAUCAACAAGCCAGGAACGAAGUCCAACCACAGAAGAGAGUUGGAAGCCUCUGCAACUGUUGCCAGAGGAAGAGCUGAAGGAGCUGGAGAACCAGGAGCGCAAGCAACAGCGGCAGGCGACCAGCAUGUCCGACCAGCUGGUCAUGGAGUGCCAGGAGCUUCUGCGCAUGUUUGGGCUUCCUUUUGUGGUGAGCCCAGGGGAAGCGGAGGCCCAGUGUGCCUGGCUGGAGGAGCAGGGCCUGACCCAGGGCACAGUGACGGAUGACAGCGAUGCAUGGCUCUUCGGGGCGCGCACGGUCUACCGGCACCUCUUCGCAUCCGACAGAAGGCCCUCCGUGUACCGGCUGCAAGACUUGGCCACCCAGUUGGGGUUAAAUCGUCAGAAGCUGGUGGCUUUUGCACUGCUGUGUGGCAGCGACUACACGGCCGGUGUGUCGGGAGUGGGGCCAAUCACAGCUAUGGAGGUGUUGAGCGAAUUCUCCGGUGAAGACGCCCUCCAACUGCUCGAAAACUUUCGGACGUGGCUGGAGCGUGCCAAACGCGAGAAGGUCCAUCCAGGCAGCCGCACCCGCUCCCACCUGGUGCGGCUGACCGUGGAGCCGGGCUUCCCCAGCGCUCCAGUGGUCAGGGCCUACCUGGAGCCCAGUGUGGAUGCCUCCAAGGAGACCUUCUCUUGGGGAACGCCUAACUUGGACGAGCUGCGAUCAUUUGGUCAGCGGAAGUUGGGCUGGCAGCGCGAGAAACUGGACGACCUGCUGCUCCCUGUGCUCCGCAGGAUGGGUGAGAAGCAGAGCCAGACCCGGAUGGACCAGUACCUGCACGUGCUCCAGUCGCCCCGUAAGCCCAAGCUGUUCCCGAGCAAGCGGCUCUGCAAGGCCCUGGGCAAGAUGGCCGACCAGCCGGUGUACAAAGCAGAGAGCGAGCCCCAGCUGUCAGAGGAGAGCGACUGACCGUGGUGACCCGCUGUACGCCACCUGGAUUCAAUGAAGUGCACACUCUAGAAAGGAGGCAAGCAUGCUGUUUGGCCCCGUGUCACGUGUACAGAGCGAAUGCAUCCACCAACCGGUUCGGCCCCUCACAUCUUGGAACAUCUACACUCCAAGACGAUCACACAUGAGCAAUUAAGAUUGGUCUCGUCUUAUCUACUAAUCAGUUUUACAAAUAUUGGAUCCUUUGUCCUACCCUCGCAUGCACAUCCUUUUUAAAUUGAAUAAACUAAUUUAAGAAA